GCUAUUUGGGGAUUCCUUUCGUAGAUCAUCUUUUUUUUUUUGCCCUCACUGCCUGCCUUUGUUAUCCUAAGACGACGAUGGCGCUGGAGCCCUGCCUCAAAACAUUGAUAACAUGAAUUCUGGCCCGACUUCAGACAUUAUGACAUCUUCUAAUUAAGGCCAAUGUAUUUCCAUAUUCAAACUAUAGGCUGACUGCUGGAAAAGAUGAAAAAGAGUAUGUCUCAAGUGAUUCCGUGGCAAGUACUACAUGUGUGAAGGGCAGGGUUGGUGAAAGAGUAAAUGAUGAAUAAGAUUCUAACUGUCCAUUGUAAAGCUCGCGUGAUCACUACUACCCAGUAUAAGCUUUUGACAAAGAGGAUAAUUUGACUUCAAGAGUUUAACAAAGAGAAAGGCCCCUCCACUUGAAAUGUGUGUUACACUCGUUUCAAAUACCGAAUUCAGUCAUUCAUGAGGUAUUUGAAUUGAAUGAUAAAUCAGUUUUUUCAAAUCGUAUGAAAAAUCCCAAACUCCUCCUUCGUGAUUAGAGGUUGUGUUGCACUUUCAUUUAAGAGCUCCGUUUUGUGUAGGCCAAUGCAGAUGAUUUUUCUUUUGAACAUGGUGAGAGUAGGAGAUGUUUUACACGUGGACCAUGAUGAAGCAGCUGACACACAUGAUUUUUGAUGACUCAGCUUACUUCUUUGCACUUCUUUUUGCCUUCAUCCUCAAUUAAUUUCUUGGGCUUUGUUGCUUGGAGAAGAAUACUGCAUGUACGCGGCCCCUCCUCCCUCGCCGGCUACUUCCGUCUCAGAAAUCGGUCCAGCUUCCUGUCCUUCGUCUCAGAGAUCAGCCCGUUGUGCGUCCCUCUCUCCGAUUGAAGUCGUCCGCCUCCGAUUGAAGAUGCCUUCGUCUGGUUCCGUCUCCAUCUCCCCGAUCAAAGAAAAGACCCAACGAUCAGGUCCCCCACACUCUACCUCUCUACAACUCCAUCUCAACCCCCAGGGAAGACCAAAGCUCAAUCUAUGGUGUGUAGGGAUGGUGUCAACCAUAUAAAAAGGUAUUUUCACAAAAGCUUAAUUUGCAGUUGUGGAUAACCCACACAAAUUCUUCUAAGACAAGCUCAUGCACUAGAGGAAACAAGCUCUGCCUUUAUGACAAGCCAAGCAGCAUGACUUCUGCUCUACUUUACAGCUUCUUAACCGUCUUAUAUUUUAAUAUUGAAAUAUAAUUUUAUAAAAAGUGAGAUAUAAAAGAUUAAAGAAUAAUGUUAUAUAACUUAAGAUUAUAUUUUAAGAUUUAACUUUAAAUUCAGUGCGGGUAAAAGAAUCGUCAUUGUAGUUCUGUCUCUACUUCUAUUUUAAUUGUGUGUUCUUUCAAUUUUUUCUUUUAACUUUCCAGAGUUCGACCUCGCUACAAUUAAUGGUGUAACGUCGGGUUGAUUUUUUUCCUUUGUUGAGGUGAGAUACGUAGAUAUAGUCAUGGCGUCUUCCAAUGUGGUUCAUUGAGGAACAUUACUGAUAGAUGAAUCCCUGUCCAAAGUCUGACACGUGAGUCUGGAGUUUGUAUGAGUAAGCAUGUUCUCUCAUAGUAAACUUAAUUUCUGGUGAGACAUCAGUGUUCCCAAUGCACCACUUUGAUUUAAUGGACUUUGAUAAGACGUGGUCGGGCAUGUUUGCACGGAGGGGAAAGUAUUGGUGGAGAAAAUUAUUGGGCUCAAGUGUGUGCCUCAUGCUAGAGCUUCAAAAUUUAAGUUAGUGGAGUGGAUUCAGAUAUAAUUCUCCUAGCCUCCCUCAAUAGUGCUUUAUGCCAAUUGCUUUGAUAUCAAUAAGCUCGGGAUUGGAGCUGGGACAACCCAUUGUCUUCACCCUAAACGACGAUUGCAACAGGGUGCUACUAUAAAAAGAAAAAGAAAAAACUGCAGGCACGGGUUGUUCCAUUGAGGGGUUGGGAGCAUAUUUGCUAUACAAAGAAUUAAGUAGGUAUGAUGUCUCUUGGCAGUUCAAAUGACAUUUGGCUGGAAAAGUACUUAUUUUCUCAUUUACUCUUUGUCAAACCCAAUCAUAUAGUUUUACAAUCUACGAAUACAGAUCUUUAUUAGUGUUGGGGUUUAGUUGUCAAAUAUCAUUUGGCUGUGUUCAUGGAGUCAACUUUUUUGGUUUACUAUAUAUAAUUACAUAUUGAACCGGUGAAAAAAGAAAGUUUGGUAUUUCUU